AGCACAGCGGCGGCAGUUCGCUGCGUGGCGGUUUCCGGUGUCCGUCCGUCUGUAGGAGGAUGGCGUCCGGCUUCAACCGCAUCCCCUCCACCGCCGGUCCUCCGAGUCUUAAAUAUACUAAAGGUUGUCGACCCCAGGCUGAAGCCGGCAGUGAAAAUCAUCGAUAACAUAAUCGGGUUUUCUCACCUAUUACAAAGGAGGUGUGUGAAAUCAGAUAUAGCACGCUGCUUCUCUCAGUGUGCUAGUUAGUAUUUCUAAAACCACAUCCACCCACUCCUUUUGGCGGUGAAAACCCCAACAUCUCCUGAGCACUGAAUCCCUACAUGCGAAGUGGAAGGAUGACGGAGGCGUGGCAGCAGCAGCAACAUGCAGUGGCUCCACCCUCUGUUGUGCACACACUCCCUCAGGGGACCGACAACCCCCUGGGCUGCACUGUGUAUGGAGUGGUCCUGCAGCCAGAUACCUCCCUACAGCAGCCCCAGCAUGGCCAGCAGCACUCUGUUCAAGCCCAGCAGCCCUCCUUACAGGUAGGGGGCGAGAGAGGGCACAAAUGUGGAGCCUGUGGUCAUGACAUAUCUCACCUGGCAAACCCUCAUGAGCACCAGUGCAUGGUGAGCCAGGACCGAUCCUUCCAGUGUACGCAGUGCAUGAAGAUCUUCAGCCAGGCGACGGACCUGCUGGAACAUCAGUGUGUGCAGGUGGAGCAAAAGCCUUUUGUGUGUGGUGUGUGUAAGAUGGGCUUCUCGCUGCUCACCUCCUUGGCUCAGCAUCACAACUCGCAUGGCAAUGGAAACAACCCGAUGAAGUGCUCCAUCUGUGAGAAAACCUAUCGGCCAGGGUCUGGAAACGCCACUCCAACUUCUUCAGCUGCCAACCCCAGCAGCCCUCCACCGGUGAGACCUCCGGCCUCAGCACCAGACAGGCCAUAUAAAUGCUCAGUGUGCCAUAAGGCCUUCCGGCAUUUGUCAGAGCUGACCCGCCAUGAGAGGGUACACACUGGUGAAAAGCCAUAUAAAUGUGACACAUGUGAUAAAAGCUUCAGCCAAUCCUCACAUCUGGCACACCACCAGCGUACACACAGCUCUGAGCGGCCGUACAAAUGUGCUGUGUGCGAGAAGAGCUUUAAGCACCGCUCUCACCUCGUACGGCACAUGUACGCUCAUUCGGGCGAGCACCUUUUCAAGUGCAAUUUGUGUGAGAUGCACUUUAAGGAGUCGUCUGAGCUUCUGCACCAUCAGUGUCAGCCAGAAGGGGAGAGGCCUUUCCGCUGCGGUUCGUGCGGAAAGAGCUUCAAGCGGCCGUCUGACCUACGGCAACAUGAACGCACCCACUCAGAGGAGCGACCUUUCCAGUGCGAGGAGUGCCAGAUGAGCUUCAAACAGCAGUACGCUCUUGUACGCCACCGUCGCACUCAUAAAAAUCCUGCUGAUCGCCCCUUCAAGUGUAACCUCUGCGAUAAGGGAUUCCUUCAGCCAUCCCACCUGCUUUACCACCAGCAGGUUCAUGGUAUGGAAAGUCUGUUUAAAUGUGCAUCUUGCCAGAAGUCUUUCAGCCAAUCAGGAGAACUGCUGAGGCACAAAUGUGGUGGUGAAGUGGAGAAGCCCUAUAAGUGUGAUGUGUGUGGCAAAGGUUACAAAAAGAAUUCGACACUGCAGCGCCACCAGAACUCUCACUGUACAGAGAAGCCGCUGAAAUGCUCCCUGUGCGACAAGCGCUUUGUGUCGUCCUCCGAGUUCGUUCAGCACCGCUGCGACCCGACCCGUGAGAAGCCGCUGAAAUGUCCCGACUGUGAAAAGCGCUUCCGGUACUCGUCGGAGCUGCAGCGCCAUCGCCGAGUUCACACCGGGGAGAAGCCUUUCAAGUGCGCCAGCUGUGACAAGAGCUUCAAGCAACGCGAGCACCUGGCUAAGCACCAGAGUGUGCAUUCGCGGGAGACACAGUUUAAGUGUGUGUGGUGUGGAGAGCGUUUUGUUGACCUCACAGCUUUGCAAGAGCACACGGUUCAGCACACUGCUGAGGGCGAGAGUUUCCCUGAAGCUCCCUGCAUCCCAUGAACUGCACUGCUCUUCAGUCCUGGGCAGCAAACGUGACAUUUGCCCUCAAAGCAACAUGUGCCAGACUCAGCUCUCCCAUUUGUAGUUUAUAACAUGCACCCUUUAAUUGUUUUAUGAAUUUUAGUAUCUGUAAGACUCAAUUCAUCCUCAUCCUUUAUUGAGUAAAAGGCAAAACACCCUAAAUCGACAGAGGGGAUUGGGAUCCCUCUUCUUCUUUUGGAACACAUGGAAAAAACCAGAAUGAAAAAGGCUUGUAAAGUAAAAUGUGGGAAGAUCUUGAUUUUGUUUAGUACCGAGUGUGGGACCUUAUUCUGUGGUUGCAUGUGAUUGUCUGUUUUGUAACUGUUGAUUCUGUUGUUGAGAAGGAUGGCAAGACCUUCCAGGCAGUCGUCAGAUAUGUGUGUGUUCAUGUUAAGCUCCUCUGAAAUCCAUGUGCCUUUUUUUUUUUUUUUUUUUUUUUUAA